AUGUGGCGCACUCCCACUGGCCAGCGCCGCCACCCAGCCGGCUGGAGCCAACCAGGCGCGACCACGUCGCCCCAGCCCCGCGCCUCCAGCCGCUCGGGCCCGCCGAGGCCCGUGCGCGGCCCGCCAGGCCCAUCGGCCUCGCCCGAGCCGCCAGCGCCCCGCGCCAGGCCGCGCCUCCCGCCGCCGGCGUGCCCCCGUUCGCCGCCGUCGUCCCCGCCGCCUACCUCCCGCGCCCGAGGUGCCUCGCCUCCGCCUGACGCCCGGCGCCGCCGCGUCCCCGCCGUUCCCCGUCGUUCGCGCCGCCCGUCCGCCACCCCGGCGACCGCGCCUCGCCUCCUCCCCACCGCAGUGUUCCGCAUCGCCGGCGAACCCGCGACCCGCCGCCUUCCUCCGCAGGCCGGCGCGCCUCCGCGCCGCAUCGCCGCCCAGAUCCAUCCAUCCCCGGCGCGGAUCCGGCCUCCCUCGCCCUUCUCCCCUCGCCGGAGGUCGUGCCGCCGUCGCCGCCCUGCCAUGGCCUCGGUCGACCUCGUCGGAGAGGGCGACGAGCGCCCGCCUGGGCCGCCUCCCCCUCGCGCCGCGUGGGCCUCCUCCGCAGUCCAGCCCAGCGCCCCGGCCCGCCUCGUCCUCCUCUGCAACCUGGGCCGUGCCCACGAUGUGAGCAGCCCACUAAACCCCGCCCAGUGCACGUUAUAG